UCUUCUGCGAGACAGAACCUGGAUUUACUUGUGUCAUGAUUGGCGUCGAAGAAUAAUACCGACUAUCAUAAAUAACAAUAUAACAAAUGCUUAUUGUCGACUUGACAAAAGUUCAGAGCAACCCUUGUUCCAUGGAUACAAAAGGAUUUACUCGUAAACCAGUGUCUUUACAUCUUAAGUUGAUAUUUCUGAACAUUUGAAUAUCUUAGAACUGGGACAACUCGGACAAAUAUCAUCCAUUCGUCCCACAAAGGAUAUCCGCGCGUUGACAUACCCAUAAAACACGAGGAGUGUCGAGAUUAACUAAUUGAAAACUUGAAAUCAAAACCAGAUUCACCAAUGUCACAGAAUUCGGCUCUGAGCUUAUUAACAACGUUAGUGCUGUUGUUGACGGUGACGAAAGGAGCCGACGGUGCCAGUGGCUUCAGACAAUACUGGUACUCGCCCUACGGCCUGUCCGAAUAUGGUCAGAAUGUGAAUCAGGGUACCAGCCUGGGCCUCCUUACGGCGGUGCAGUGUUCCCGGUUUUGCUCUGAUGACCAAUCCUGCCAAGCUUUCCAGUUCCACAAGACUGACCCUUCGUCCAGGAAAGGGAUCUGCUACACGUUCAAAUCACUAACCUACAACAGCAUCAUGACUCCCACACCACAACAGAAAUACUUCGAAAAGAGAGACUGUUUCAAGGUUCGCUACUUCUCAUCAGGAAUCUUGUACCCGUCUGAGAUGCGUCUCAUACUGUUUGAGGACAACAUCAGCCAUCUCUUCGAUAUCAUAGCCUUUGACCAACAAAUACAAUUUAGGGGUAUACAAGCAAAGCAUCAUACUGAAAUCUUUCCUGGUCUAGUGGGUGAAGUGGAUGGAGCGUUUCAAGGGCCCAACAGUUACACCUACAUCGUUCAAGGAAAUCAAGUCAAAUGCUUCUCUUCGCUCUAUCCAAACAUCACCAAAUUUGAGGCUUGUCCCCCGGGCGUGCCACCUCAAAACAUUCUCGCCCCCUAUUUCACCAGUAACACGAACCUGGAUGCCAUCGUCUCGCUUGACAAUACCACCGACAACGUCCACAUCAUCAGUGACAACACCGUCUACGAAAUGAGUUGGUCAGGCAGCGAGUACACAGAGACCGGAAGUUACGCAAUCACGGACACCGGAUCCAGCAACUAUUGGGCAAAGGCACCGGAGAACGUCACAGCUUUGUUCCGUUUACAUCGACCGGAUGAGUACAUCUUUAUUGAAGGCUACAAAUUUGUCGUUUACAAUGCUGUUUUCAAAACCUCCACAGGCAUAUUUUUCUUCUGUUAAUAGCUCUCCAUGAACACCGAGUAUGUCCUGUUCUGUAAGGCGAUACCUGAAUGUUGGAUACUUUGACUCUGAAAUAUCUCUCCGCCAUAUCAUAUGUUGAAUGUGGACAUGUGAAAUAACUCAUUUGUCAAAGGGGCUGCAAGUCACCGUGAAGAUUAUCGUCCCUUAGAUGCCAGGAUCUGCUAGGUAUUGA